UGGAGAUACAGCGCUGCACAAGGCCGUGCGGAGCCAACAUCUAGAUGUGGUUAAGCUCUUGGCGAAAGAAGAUUCUGAAUUUGAAUUUCCGCCCAACCAUGCGCAGGAGACACCACUGUAUCUGGACGCUGAAUCAGAUUGCAUUAGAUCACUAUGGCGAUGGAAUAAGCCUUUAUGCGAGGAACCUGACUUAUGGGGUUGGAAGCCGUAGUUUCGGAUAUGCUGGGGUGGAAAAAAUCCUUAGUGUACCUUCCGGCAGGCAUUGAUAAUGACUGGACGACAGCAAUUCACAUUGCAUCCAGUGAAGGUGACGUAUACAUGAUCAAUGAGCUAUUAAAUCACUGCCCAGAUUGUUGGGAUAUGCUUAACAGCAACAAUCAAAAUGCACUUCAUGUUGCCGUAUUGAACAAUCAAGACGAGGUAGUCCGGUUCUUAUUAGACUCUGAUAAGUGCGACAGACUUGUUGAUGAGCCAGAUAGUUACGGCAACACUCCUCUCCAUUUGCUUGCUGCCUCUGGUAACCAUGUGCCUGAAUUAAUAAACCAUCCUAGAGCAAAGAAGAUGUCAUUUAAUAAACAAAACCAGACCCCACUUGAUAUAGCAUUGUCAUGCACAGUGACAACAAAGAAGGAGAUAUUUGUGAAGGAUUUGUGUAGCAUUGGCCGAUUUGGGAAACGUGACUUUGAGGUAAAGCAGAAGUGCGAGUACAUGCCCAAUCCAAAUGAUGAAACGGGAGAAGGAGACAAAAUGCAACUGAAUGAUGAAACGGGAACAAGAGUCAAAAUACAACUGAAGGAAGAUGAUCAAACAGAAGUCGAAAGUUUUAUGAAAUCAGCUCAAAUCCAUGUUGUUGUGGCCACUUUGAUAAUGACAGUCACUUUCGCUGCUGGUAUCACAUUGCCAGGAGGUUUUGAGAGUGAACCCGACCGCCCUAAUCAAGGGAUGGCAAUUCUAAUAAGGAAAACAGCGUUUCGUGCAUUUGUUGUUUCCGAUGCCAUUGCCUUCACAUUCUCAGCUAUUGCCAUAUUCACCUACUUCUUCAUGGCAGAUGAAAGUAGACCUCCUCCACAUUUGAAAAUUGUAGAGAAGCUUUAUGAUCUCGCACGUAUUUUUCAAUGCUUGUCAAUGUUAGCAGUUUUAAUUGCAUUCGCAACGGGUAUGUUUGCUACUUUAUCACAUUCACUUGGUCUCGCCAUUACUGUCUGUUCCAUAGGUUGUCUCUCGAUUUUAUUGUUUAUUUUGGUGUUUAUUUAUAUUACUAUUGUGUACAGGAGAGAAUAUUGGUAGUCCUCACAAUGGUAUUUUUAAUAUUUCACUUUUUUUUUUGUUAAGUGAGAUUACCACCAUGCAAUUAAUGGUGUCUUUUCCUAAUAUAUUUUCAUUUAUGCCCUUAUUAUUUUUGUUAAGACCAUU